CCGUGGUAACAGGCGGAUUCGCGAAGCCUGCGCAGUGGGCUCCCUCCCCGGCUGCCUGUGUGUGGUCCCCAUCGCAUGCGCAGAGGGAGCCUCCCGUUUCCUUCGGGAUAGUGUCCGGUCCCGGGCAGCAGGGCAGAGGAGAGGGGGGAGUGCCGGAGGCGGGGAGCGGCGCCCGGCAGGUAGAAAGAUGGACACACAGGUGCGGCAAGCCCCCAGUACCAUCUAUGACGAUAGGAAUGUAUCUCUGUAACUGGAGGAACGGGAGCCAAUUGUUACUCUCCAACGCUUCCUGAAGAUGGACAGCAUGCCGGCGGCACCCGGGGAGAUCCUGAACCACGCCUCCGACUUAUACCACCUGAACGGAAAGGAACCACAGUCUACAUUUGAUGAAGUUGCGAUUUACUUCUCUAAGGAGGAGUGGGACUGUCUGAAAAAUGAGGAAAAGGAGCUUUACAGGGAGGUGAUGUUGGAGAAUUACCAGACCCUGCGGUCUCUAGGUUGGGACAACGUGAAACCACCUAUUGUAUCAGUAAUUGAGCGAGGAGAGGAGCCAUAUUUGAGGAGCCUUCAGCGCAGGACAGUUCCAGAGUAUUCAAGUACAGAUACUUCCAUGAAUUCAAGUGUUCCUGACAGAAAUACCGUGCACUUCCUUCCAUUGGACCGGGUGACUGAAGAUUCUUUUAAGCCCCAUGAUUAUCCUCCUACUUCCAGGAUUACAAGAAGCAAGGCUUCGAUCAUACCUAUCAGAAUAAAGUCAGAGGAACCCAACGGAUUUCUUCCUUUGCAUAUGUCUCCUCACAGAUACAACCCAUGGACAGAGUAUUCCGCAGCUCAUUAUAACCAAAGAAAUGACAGUGAGGACAAGCCUAUCAACUUGUCCAUAAUGAGUGCCGGCCUGGUUAAGCCCGAGAGCCUGUUCCACAGAGGAAAUGUUUUUGCCUGUCUAGAUGGCGGGAAAUCGUUCCCUUAUGAGUCAGAACUUCACGAGCUAUUUCACAAAGAACAGAAACAAUAUGUGUGUCCAGUGUGUGGUAAUGUCUUUAUUUCCAAGCUAGGUUUCAUUAAACAUCAGAAACUCCACAGAGGGCAGAAUGCAUUUUCUUGUACUGAGUGUGGGAAAUGUUUUGUAAGUGCCUCGGAUCUCAUCGAUCAUAGGAAAAUUCACACAGACAAGAAGCCCUAUGUAUGUUCUGAAUGUGGGAAAUGCUUUAUCUCUAGCCUUUAUCUUACCAGACACUUAAGAACUCACGAAAACGAGAAGCCAUUUCCAUGUACUGAUUGUGGCAAGUGUUUCAGCAGUGCUGGGAACCGCUUAGUACAUCAGAGAAUUCACACAGGGGAGAAACCAUUCGUGUGCUCUCACUGCGGGAAAUGCUUCACCCAGAAAGCGAGUUACCUUUCACAUCAGCGGAUUCACACGGGAGAGAAACCCUUUGUGUGCUUUCAGUGCGGCAAACGUUUCACCCAGAAGGCCAGUUGUAUUGUGCACCAGAGGAUUCACACAGGUGAGAAGCCCUUUGUCUGCUUUGAAUGCGGUAAAUGCUUUAGUUCUAAGGUGUACCUCGUAAGGCAUCGCAUGAUUCACACGGGCGAAAAGCCGUUUGCGUGUUCCCACUGCGGAAAAUGUUUUACUCAGAAAGCGAGUUACCUGGCGCACCAGAGAAUUCACACAGGCGAGAAACCGUAUAUCUGUUCCCACUGUGGAAAAUGCUUUUCACAGAAAGCCAGCUGCAUCGUGCACCAGAGAAUCCACACGGGCGAGAAGCCCUUUGAAUGCUCUAAUUGCGGAAAGUGUUUCAGCUCCAAAAUUUAUCUGGCUAGGCAUCAGAUGAUACACACUGGGGAGAAACCUUUUGCGUGCUUCGACUGCGGGAAAUGUUUUACGCAGAAGGCGAGUUAUAACGCACAUCAGAGGAUUCACACAGAGGAAAAGCCCUUCAAGUGUGCUGACUGCGGGAAAUGUUUCACCCAGAAAGCGAGUUUUAUCGCCCACCAGAGAGUCCACACGGGUGAGAAACCAUUUGUGUGCACUCUCUGUGGUAAAUGUUUCACACAGAAAGCCAGUUACCUUACUCACCAAAGAAUCCACACAGGGGAGAAGCCCUUCGUGUGCGCUCUCUGCGGUAAGUGUUUCACUCAGAAGGCCAGUUACCUCGCGCAUGAGAGAAUUCACACAGGAGAGAAGCCGUAUGUGUGUUCCCAGUGCGGAAAGUGUUUUGCCCAGAAAGCCAGCUGCAUAGUCCAUCAGAGGAUUCACACAGGGGAGAAACCGUAUGUGUGUUCCCAGUGUGGAAAAUGUUUCGCCCAGAAAGCCAGCUGCAUAGUCCACCAGAGGAUUCACACAGGGGAAAAGCCCUUCGGGUGCUCUGAGUGCGGAAAGUGUUUCAGCUCUAAGAUAUAUCUGGUCCGGCAUCAGCUAAUCCACAGAGGGGAAAAGCCCUUUCACUGCACCGAGUGUGGGAAGCGGUUCGCCCAGAAGGCAGGCUACAUGGCGCAUCUGAGAAUCCACGCAGACGAGAAACCGUUUAAGUGCAAUGAUUGUGGGAGGUGUUUUGUGCAAAAGGCUAAUUAUAUUGCUCACCAGAGAAUUCACACGGGGGAAAAACCCUUCAUGUGUUCCGAGUGUGGGAAAUGUUUUUCCCAGAAAGCCAGCUACAUUACGCACCAGAGAAUUCACACUGGGGAGAAGCCGUUUGUGUGUGCGCAGUGCGGGAAAUGUUUCUCACAGAAGGCCAGUUACCUCGCACAUCAGAGAGUUCACACAGGCGAAAAACCGUAUGUGUGCACCCAAUGCGGUAAAUGCUUCACCCAGAAGGCAAGCUGUGUUGUCCAUCAACGUAUUCAUACCGGCGAGAGGCCCUUUGAGUGUUCUGCUUGUGGAAAAUGUUUUAGGCUUAAGAAAAGCUUUGAUGAGCAUCAGAGAACUCACACGGGGGAGAAACCCUUUGCCUGCUCCGAUUGUGGGAAAUGCUUUACCAAUGCUGCAAAUCGGAUCAUACAUCAGAGGAUCCACACGGGGGAAAAACCUUACGCCUGUUCUGUGUGUGGGAAAUGUUUCACGCAAAAAGCUAGCUUUGUUUCACAUCAGAGAACUCACACGGGAGAGAAGCCGUUUGUGUGUUCUGUGUGUGGGAAACGCUUCACCAGUGCCUCAAAUCUCAUCGUGCAUCGGCGUAUCCACGCCGACCAGAAACCCUUUCUGUGCACCGAGUGCGGGAAAUGCUUUACGUGUAAGAUAUACCUGGUCAGGCAUCAGAUCAUUCACACAGGCCAGAAACCGUUCGAGUGUUCUGAGUGCGGCAAACGGUUUACACAGAAAGCUGGCUAUGUGGCGCACCAGAGAAUUCACACUGGGGAGAAACCGUUUGCGUGCAGUCACUGCGGGAAAUGCUUUACCCAGAAUGCAAGUUGCAUUGUACAUCAGAGAAUUCACACCGGGGAGAAGCCAUUUGAGUGUUGUCAGUGCGGGAAACGGUUUAGUUCUAAGGUGUAUCUGGUCAGACACCAGUUAAUCCACACAGACAUCAAACCUUUUAAAUGCUUGGAGUGUGGGAAGUGUUUCACCCAGAAAGCUAGUUACAACGCACACCAGAGAAUCCACACCGACGAGAAACCUUUUAAGUGUUCCGAAUGUGGGAAGUGUUUCACUCAAAAGGCGAGCUUCGUGGCCCACCAGAGAGUUCACACGGGCGAGAAACCGUUUGUGUGCAAUCACUGUGGGAAAUGUUUUACACAGAAGGCAAGUUGUGUUGUACACCAAAGGAUUCACACGGGGGAGAAACCCUUCGGAUGUGCUGAUUGUGGCAAAUGUUUUAGUGCUAAAGUAUACCUGGCGAGACAUCAGCUGAUCCACGCAGACGUAAAACCCUUUAAGUGCUCUGAAUGUGGGAAAUGUUUUACACAGAAAGCAACGUACGCAGCACAUCAAAAACUUCACAUAGAUGAGAAGCCGUUUAUAUGUUCUGAAUGUGGGAUGUGUUUUACCCAGAAGGAUAGUUACGUUGCACAUCAGAAAGUUCAUAUAGACGGGAAACCAGUUGCAUGUACUUGAUUACUGCAUGUACGAGACUUAUAUCCUCAAUGUAUGUUUCUUGUCAUUUUAGCGAUAGUUACUGCAUAUGUCACCUUUUGUAGUAGAAAAGAGAAAUAAUAUAGUUAAAAAAAAACUUUUACUGUAGCUCUCGUUAUUAAUUCCUGAGUGUUAUGGUAUUGUGUGUUAAUUUCUCUAAAAAUAAAGUUAACUUUCAACACUA